AUGCCCAUCAAACCAGCAUGUUCUAAAAGCCCCCGGGCACCCACCACUGGCAAAAAAAAGCACAACUUUGCUCACGUAACAGUAGUGCCUUCAAAGAGGGCAAAGAGGACAGCUCCGUCCCAGCGCUCCCCCUCAAGGCCAUCUUGCCCCCAGCACACCCGCCCUUUCCCCGGGACUUCUAGUGGUCAGCGCCCAGACCCCAUAGCACCUUCAACCGGCAAGGGAAAGGGAAAGGUGGUGGUGGAGAUUACCAGGGGUGUAGAGGAUGUGCAGAGGAAGAGCAUGAGACAUCCUGCAACAAGUGUAGCUGGGCGAAGUGCAAGUGCAUCUGGGACAACAAUGCAAGCCUGGGGAGCAAGUCCCGGAAGCCAGUGGUCUCAGAGCCAGAAAAUAGCUGCUGCAUACUGGGCUGGCUUACAAAUCAGAGCAAUCCUGGCUCCUGCUCACCAUACUCCCCCAUCUGCUGCACACCCUUCACGCCCUUUUCCCCCUCCACAUGUGCAAGCCACGUCCCAGGAAUCAAGGAGGCCUCCCCAGGUGUCCUAUACAGAGCCUGGGGAAAUGGGUGCCAAUGCAAUCUGUCCCAGCCCUAAGUGGAUUGCCAGGAUGAGGGAGGCUAUCCCCUCACCUGCAAGGGAGGUUUUGGGUGCUGUGGCAAGGCUGCCAUUGCCAUCCUCCAGCCCACUUCCUAUUUGUCCCCAGGAGGCUGCUGACAUCCCCACAAACAUCACACUCCCUUGCCCCAACACUCCCUUUGACUUGAUGCGGGAAGAAGCGCCUUUGGAUGUUCCCGGAACCCCUCAUCUGUCCCUUGGGCCUCCUCCUUACUGGCCAUUUGAGGCCCCACAAGGGGAUUUACCUCAGCCACGGAGGCCUCAUACACCCCUGGGAGGUGAGGUCCCUAGUGCUGUCACUCCUCAAAGUGAUGGCCGGGACCUCAUAGACUUCAGCUUUACAUCCCCAGUUCCCAGCCACAUACAAUGA